ACAAAUAAUCUGGUCGCAACGAUUGGUUGACUGGGAUACAUGAUGUAAUGCCCGUUUUAGUGAUGUCAUGCCAGCUUUAUUGUAUCCAUGCAGUCAGGCACGCUCCAUUCCGAAUUCAAUGUACUGUAUUGUAACAUGUUCGCAGAUUUUCCUUCGUGCAAGUCAACAGCGGCCGCGGUUACAAGGCGGUUCAUUUGUAGACAAUUUCUGUGCCAAUAUGUUUGAAUAUGCACAAGGCCUGGCACAUAUGCACAAGUAUCAAUAACGACUCCACAUUGAUCAGGAAGUGAUGCCUAUCGCACUUGAGCGGAGACAGCAAUCAAAAUAAAAAAAGAACGUGGAUCGAGAGAAUACCAGGAAUUGGGAUUAUAUGUGCGCUGCUCUCUGGGUUAUUUUUAUCAUUCAUUGCUAUAUUCACAAAAAUAUUAUCUUCGGACUUACAUCCAACUCAGAUUAGUCUUUCGCGAUGUUACGUACAGUUUCUUACACUUCUACCACUGUUGCAAUACAAGAGCAAUGAAGUCGAUAUUACUGGACCAAAACACCUCAAACAUUUGUUGUGGGCCAGAGGUUUCGUAGGCUCCGGUGGAAUGAUACUUUUGUUUAUUUCAAUUGGCAAAUUAUCUGCUGGUAACGCCGUCACCAUAUCGUAUCUUCGUUUGAUCAUGGUGCCUUUUCUUGCUAGACUUUUGCUCAAAGAAAGUUUGACUAUAUUUGAUGGAUUCUUUGCUAUUUUGUCGAUGAUUGGAGUAGUCUUGAUAGCAAAACCUAGUUUUCUUUUUUAUGAUGAAAAUGAGCAAGAAGAUGAAAACAUCAUCGGAGUGUUAUAUGGAAUAUCGGCAGCAUCUUUAACCUCUCUCUCUGUAAUCAUCAUAAGAAAACUUGGUCGCCAAACAUAUCCAAUGCUCCAUGUAUUGUACUAUGCAUUUUGUGGAUCAAUAACGACAACAAUAGUAUUGAUGGCUCUAGGAGAAUUCCAAUAUCCAUGUUGGAAGGAUUUACCGAUGCUUUUUUCUGUUGGACUGUUGGGUAAUUUGGGGCAAUAUUUCGUGACUGUUGCCCUUCAUUACGAGCGUGCGGGAACUGUGGUUGUCUUGAGAUCGGCACAAAUAAUAAUGGUGUAUAUAUUACAGGUUACGAUUCUCGAAGACAUUCCAUCUUACCUGAGUUUGAUCGGCGCCGCUUUUGUGCUUUCAACAAGUAUAGGAAUCGGCCUCAGGAAAGUUAUUAACAGUCGAAAGAAAAAGAUGGUUUCGUGACCAACUUUGUAAGCUAUGCCUUACUGAAGAGGCUCAAAAAAAACAAGAUUGAAGGUUAAUUUCUGCUGCGAAGAAAAUGAUAUCAAAAAACAAAUUCCAGAAAUAUAUAUGCAAAAUACGUUCAGUGUUACUUUUACCCUAUUAAUGUCAUUUUGUUACCGUAACAUUAUCAUAUUAUGUUACUUUAUUUUAUAUGCAAAUGGUGUUCAACGUAUAUUUAUAUAGUAUUUCAUUUCUGGUUUAUAGUUUCAGCGCCAUAUAUAUGUAAUAAUUCUAUUCCACACGGAAAAUAUUGACUCCGGAAUUAAUGCCUUUGAUACAAGUAUAAAAAGCUUACUAUUUACCAAAAGUUGUUAAGGAAAUCUUUCCGGAUAAAUAUGUUGAAGACGGAUAAUCACUGUACUAGUGUCCUCUAAAGACUUUGCAAUACCUGGAAAUAUGUAUACGUCAUUCUAAUAAUGCGAAAGAUAAAUCAAAACGUAGUUGCAAUACGUCAUGAUAGCCGUGGUAUUAUUUUAGGUUGCAUUGAAUAUAUUGGAAUUUGAUAUCUCGAAGUAAUUUAUGCCUAAUCCCAACCAAUAUGAUGAUGAAAGCAUCGUCGUUUGUUCCGACGUUGAAAAUGAAGUGACUCCACAUUCAACGUACCGUUAGUAAUCAAUUGAGACAUUGUUUCCAUUUUUCACCAUUUCAAAUCAUUAAUUUUCCCACUUACCAGUGUUUUUUGGAAGUCAUUAAACCUUGAGUCACAGGUCACCGAGCUUAGUUGAUGACGAAUCCAAAUAUGAGUACCGGUUCUAUCAGAGUGGAGCCGUCGGUAUUAUGUCUAAUUAGACGGAAGGGGUGGUCGGAAAAUUAAGACCCAAGGCACCCCAGAACACGGGCAUGGCGAUCCAGCUGAAUAAUAGUAGCAACGCCGAUUCUGUCGGUGUCGGUUUGCGCAACUCCGACCAGCGGUUGCUAAAAACCACCAUACGACCAAAGGCGUUUCUAGGUAAAAUGGCGCCCAUGGCAAAGUUUAAAAAUACAACCCCUUGAUAGUUGGUUGAAAAUUUAUAUUGACUAUUAUUGAAAUGAGAUACCUGUACGUUCCUAUCGAAUACCAGUCUCAGUUAUUUUUAUUUUCAAAUUAUUUUACUGAAGCAUUUUACGACGAAAGCUUUUUGCCCUUUUUUGCGCUACUGUCCAGCCGACGCCCACGGCUGUCACAACCUGGAUACGCCACUGCCUACGACAGCGAGAAACUUGGGAGGCUCCGCGAGCUAUUCAUUUAUUUAAUAAAAUACGGACUUGGCUAAUUUUAUAACUGUCCAAUGAGACAAUAACGACAUUAAUAAAAUUUGAAAACAGUAGCGUCGAAAUGUGACAAUAAGGCGGUGGUAAUUCAAACAUGACAUCUAUCAAGUUCUAAUAGAGGUCAUAUUUCAAUUGCCGUCACUACUUUAUUAUUAUGUUUGCCAAGCGUCAAAUUUAUUGGUUUUAUAAAUUUAUUGUGGCGCUCCGUAAAGAAUAUUCAAUCUUCACAGGCUCCACAAUACCAAAAGUUUGAGAACCCCUGGUUAGACAAUGCGCUAACCGCGAUGAGGCUCAAAGAAGGCCGAACGCGGCCGAUCAUUCACUGCAUCUACCUUCCAAUUUAGUGCGUAAGAUCAAUAUAAGUCAACUAUACCCAUGCCAGAUCUGGACUGGGGCCUGUAUUGAAGCCGUGGUAAUCUCGUCGGCCUUCUCCUUAAAUAUGAAAAAUCUUUCAAGAAUAGAUGCCCAAAAUGACAUUGGGCAUGGAUGGCGGCAAUCAUUUACAUAAAGUAUAUUCGGAUUUGAAAUUCAAAAAAUCCAUAUUAUGUUAUUAUGCAUGACAUAUUAAACAAAAUAAGGUUAUUUAUAACAGUAUGCAUAAUCUAUUCAAUGUGCCGAUAAGAAUACUUUGUAGAAGCUCAUUUCUCAAAACAUUUGGAAUCACAAAAUUCAGAAAAAAAAAUUCUCAAGAGCAGUUAUAUAUACAAAACACAUAUUCAUUAGGAUAAUAAUAAAAAAAAAAAAAAA